AUGUCGUUCCUCAUCAACAAGGCGUCCGCAGCAGCGCAUAACCUGCAGAAAUCUGCAAACCUCGAUAAUGUCACCAACAAAAUCAAUUUAGGGAGUAUCACAAAUGUCGUCUCAGGCUUAGUCGGCGCCCCAGAUGCAAGCUUGAGACAUCGAUAUAACAGCUCUGCACCUGUCCAAGAAGGCAACAGUGUCAAAUUCCACGUGGAUGGCUGUGCUUACUUCUGGGCAGUUUCUGAAGCUUUAGAGAAGGUCAAGGAGUCGAUCUGGAUACUUGGAUGGUUUCUUUCCCCGGAGGUCUAUUUGAGACGUCCCCCGUCGGAAAAUGAGAAGUAUCGGCUCGAUAGGAUGUUACAGGCCGCGGCUGAACGUGGUGUUAAAGUCAACGUGGUGGUGUUCAGAGAGGUACCACAGUUCAUGUCCUUGUCUUCCCACCAUACCAAGCAUUCUCUAGAAGCCCUACACCCAAACAUCUCCGUUUUCAGAUACCCGGACCAUUAUUCUGGUGUGAAAGGUGCAAUAUCAUCAACUAAAAGCACUCUUCAAAGUGUCGUUGCUGGUGGAGCCGCAGGGCUAGGCAAAAUAUCCGACGAUACUCUACAAAGUAUGUUCGCCAUCGCUGGCGGUCCGACCCUUCUCUGGGCUCAUCACGAGAAAGUUGUGAUAUGUGACAGGAGCUUAGUAUUCAUGGGCGGUAUCGAUCUAUCUUACGGGAGGUGGGACACCAUACAGCAUCCCAUAGCUGAUGCUCAUCCUGGCAAUCUCGACGAGAUUGUAUUCCCAGGCCAAGAUUAUAAUAACGCCCGAGUGAUGGAUUUCAAAAAUCUCGAUAAAUGGGAGCAUAAUAAGCUCAGUCGGUUGACAACUUCGCGAAUGGGAUGGCAAGAUAUCUCAAUCAGUUUUACAGGAUCGGCAGUUUCGGAUGUCUGCAAACAUUUUGUUCAAAGAUGGAAUUUCAUCCACAAGAUGAAAUAUAACACUGGCUUGCCUGCUGAUCAACGCUACGAACCUUUACCGGAGAUCACGACAGACCUUAAUUCGAGUUCAAACCACAACCUCCAAGCACAAGGCAACAUGAAUUGUCAAUUUGUCCGCAGUGUGGCCAAUUGGAGCAGUGCUUUACCCACGGAGCAUAGUGUAUACAACGCCUACAUCGAUAUCAUCGAGAAAAGUGAACAUUUUGUUUACCUAGAGCACCAAUUCUUCAUCACAGCUACAGGGUCCUGGAUUGGUACAGUCUGGAAUAGGGUGGGUGAGGCACUUGUCCAGCGGGUCUUGAAAGCUGCUCGAGAGAAGAAAAAGUACAAGGUGAUUGUGGUCAUGCCUUCGGUACCUGCAUUCCCAGGGGACCUUCAAGCAUUAAUCACAGGACAUCCUCCCCGGGCAAUCAUGAAGCUCCAAUAUAAGUCCAUCAAUCGUGGGGGUUUCAGUAUUCUGGAAAAGAUUAAGAGGGCGGGCGUUGAGCCUGGCGACUACAUUCGUUUCUACAAUUUACGCAAUUACGAUCGUAUCAAUGAGAGCGCUAUCUUGCAAAAGACUGAAAAAGCCAGUGGAGUCGAGUAUACCCAGGCGAGUCAGGACCAUGACGACAUCGUGGAUCCUUUCGGUCUUCGUGCGCAGAAGGAAUUCGGCGAGUUCGAAGGCGACGAGGUAACGCAAAACCAUGAAGCAUAUCAGAAAUAUCAAAAGGUAUCAAGCCAUACCAGCGAUUGGGACACAGUGAGUUCGUGUUAUAUGGCAAAUAAUACGGACAUCAGGAAAGUCCCAUGGCAGGGUGGUGGGUCGAUAGCAGAAAUCGACGCCUUUGUCAGUGAGGAAUUGUAUGUCCACUCGAAGGUAAUGAUUGCCGAUGACCGGGUUGUGGUCAUCGGGUCUGCAAACCUCAAUGACCGUUCGCUCAAAGGCAGCCGCGAUUCUGAAGUUGCCUUGGUGAUCGAAGACCAGACUCCUCUUCAGACUCUAAUGAACGGAAAACCAUACCAAGCUAGCAAAUUCGCAGCCACACUACGACGAUAUCUUUUUCGGAAGCAUUUGGGCCUUCUGCCGCCCCAGGAUAUGCGAAAACCUGACAGUCACUUUUUCCCUGCCCCGGGAACCAAUGAAUACGACUUUGGCUCGCUCUUGGAUGAGGUGGUUGCAGAUCCAUUGCACGAUAUCACACAAAAGCAUUGGAACCAAGUCGCCCACGAUAACACACUUGCAUUUCGUAAGGUUUUUGCUCCGAUGCCGGAUGACACGGCCAAAACUUGGCUGCAAUACCAGACAUUAUUCUGGAAGAGAUUCACUGGACCAGACGGCUUGCAAAUGGCUCAAUGGGGACAUGUUGCUAAGAGCAAUUUUCCAAGUGGAGAGGAAGGUGUCAAACAAGUUAAGGAAGAGUUAGCAAAAAUCAGAGGUAUGCUAGUUGAAAUGCCUCUGGACUUCCUUAUCAAGACGGAUAUCCAAAUUGAGGAUCCAGGAUACAACAUCAUCACCAGACAGGGAUAUGUGUGA